GAGGAGCACAGCAGCACCCCGGUCCUGAAGGAGAUCUGAGCCUAAUGCUCUCAGCUGUUCGACUUUUAAUCGACAGUACUUCUUCUCCCUGGCCGGCAGAGCUGAGCCAAACGUUCGCGGUGCGUAAUUACGCACGGAGACGACCGAUCCGCGGUGUUGCACGCCUCGCAGACCCGCGGACAAAGGCAGGCAGGCAGGCUGGAGUACAACAACCGACUUGAGCGGAGAGGAGUCCUGCUGGAGGGGAAACUGGGGGAGUCUGGAGUCGGAAGUGAUUUUCCUUUUGUUUUUUCUUUUUUUUCUUGGAAAUGUAACUUACGCACAGGAUUUCAGGGAAGCAAGGAAUCGUUUCGGAGACCAGAGGGAACCGGACAAAAGGAGUAAGUUAGAAGAGUCAGUUCCAAAAGCAGCAUCUAGAUCUUCGGAGCAUGGGAGGAGUUGUCUGUGACCUGUAAAAUGUACCCGAUACACCGAGAGAGGGAGCAGCCCAUCUUCAGCGCCAGAGCCCAUGUCUUCCAGAUCGACCCGGCUACGAAGCGUAACUGGCUGCCGGCCAGCAAGCAUGCAGUCACCGUGUCCUUCUUCUACGACGCCAGCCGCAGCGUCUACCGCAUCAUUAGCGUGGGCGGGACCAAGGCCAUCAUCAACAGCACCAUCACCCCUAACAUGACAUUCACCAAAACCUCCCAGAAGUUCGGCCAGUGGGCCGACAGCCGGGCCAACACCGUCUACGGCCUGGGCUUUUCCACAGAGCAGCAGCUGCAGCAGUUUGCGGAGCAGUUUAAGGAGGUUAAGGAGGCUGCCCGUCUGGCCAGGGAGAAGUCCCAGGAGAGGUUUGAACUGGCCAAUCCUGCGCUCAACAUCGCUGCUCCACAGCUCUCACAGGAGCUGUCGGAGGAACGUCAUUCUCCACCACUGCUCACGGUCAACGGGCCUGGAGAAGAAAAGCUGUUUCGCAGCAAGAGCGCUGAAGUGGAACUGACAGUGGAGAAAGAAAGAGUCAAGAAGAUGCUGUCUGAAGGGUCCAUGUGUGAGAUAAACUUGGAGGCUGAACUCUUCACUCUGCAGGACAGCAAUGCCAAGCUGGUGGCAGCGCUGCAGGAGGCAAACAGCAGCGUGGAACAGUGGAAGAAACAGCUGGCUGAGUAUCAGGAGGAGACCGACCGCCUCAGAGACCAGGUGGCUGAACUGGAGGCCCAGCUGGGGCAUCCUGCUGCUGGUCAGGCUGGUAAAGAGGAUCUGAGUCGAUCAGUGGAGGAGCUGGAAGCCCUGCUGAGCACUAAAGACCAGGAAAUCCACAGUCUACAGAGCAAAAAGACAGAUGUGAGUGAGUUAGAGCGGGAGCGAGAGGAGGCUAUGCAGAGACUGCAGGAUGUGGAGAGACGAAACACCGAGCUGGAGGAUCGGAUUCAGAUUGCUGAAAAGACGCUGGCCUCCAACCGAGAGGAGCAGGCACAGGCGGAGAACGAGGUCCGACAAGUCAUUGAAGCUCUCGACGACAAAAUCUCCGACCUGAACAACCUGAGAGCGAGCCUGGCAAAACUGGUGGAUAAGUAGCUGGAGCAGGUGUUGAGGUGCAUCUCCAUAGCCGGGCCUCAUUUCCCCCACGCCGCCUUGGUUUGUCUUCAGCCGAUGUAACAAUUCUGAUAUCGAAGCAACGUGGAAGGAAACUCUCUGGAGUUUAUGUUAAUUUGAAGCUUUAUUUUCAGUGAAUCUUUGGAGACAAUAUCAUCAUACCAACACAUACUUACACAAAAGGUUGGGCGAAAUCAAAAAAGGCUUAAUUUGAGGAACUUUUGAAAGUGAUAUAUUGAUUCGUGAAGCUGAACACAGGCGUAUAGGAAAAAAAAAAUCUUUUGUGAUUUGUUGCUCCACCAUAUAUUUCGACAAACUGAGCUUUAAGUUAAAUUGUUCUUGUAGAGGAGGACCCUCUUUCUCUGUUUGAAGACAGAGCAAUUGAAAGACCCCCUUAAAAAACAGUAAACAGAAGCUACCAGCUUUUCAUCUUUCAGUGAUCAUGAAGUACAUAUAUCUAAGGGUUCUGAAAGGGUGGUGUUAUUAUUAUUUUGACACGAAUGAUGGUAUCGACACUCUGUUAGCAGUUAAGCUAUGAAUAAAUAAAUUGCUCGUGUUUCACCACUCUGUUCGUUUUUCUGUAGAGUUUAAAUUCUCAACCAGUCAAACUUGUCUGACCACAGACUUUAAAAACUGCUAUAAAAUUAAGACACAUAAUUGACCUGUGCUGCUGGAAAGCUGUUGAGAAGUGAACAUAAACCAACCAGAGCCAGAGUGAGUUAGAAAAUGACUUCAUCUUUAAUGGAUAGAAAAAAACAAUAGCAGUAAAUAAGUGAUUUUUUUUUUCCAGCCCGGUGUCCAUCAAACUAAAAGCCAGAAAUGUCCAUGUAAAAACACUGUUGAAGUAGUAAAGUUUUCAAAUUUAAGUUUUUGGAGGUCUACCCCGUCGUGAUAAUUAAAACAUCAAACUACUGCACUUUGUGAUCCUUCCUAUUUCUUUUCUUCUUCUUUUUUUUUUUUUCUAACACUAUGGAGAUGCACCCUUUAGGGUCAAGGUCAGGUUAAGGACAUAUGCAGGCAAAGACCCUGAGUAAAGUCAGCUCCAGAUCGCCACCAUCACCUGGACUGGCUUCACUCAUGCAAGAACACAAACCAACUCAGAGAUGCAACAACCUGCUCCCAUUCUGUCGUCUGAGAGUUGCCAGUCUACAGUCAUUUCUGUUCGGGCCUUAGGAAGACCACUCUUUCUGACCACUUAGUCUAUUAUUUGUGCUCAUGGAUAGGUUAUUCAUCUGUAGGAUGGGAAAUAAACAACGCAUUUCAGACGUAAAUGCUGCAAAUUUCAUCCUGGGGUUGUUGAGUUUGCACUCUCCAAUGUUGUCUGAUAUGCAGGAGAAUCAGCAGCGGAGAGAAAAUACGCAACAUGUCUUUGUGGUUUGUGAAUGGAGCUGCUGCUUUUCCAUCCUAAUGUUGCUGAGAUUACACUUAAUAAUGUUUGUGCCAAGUUUGAUUUUGUUUACAUUUUGUCAUGAUUCACACAUACAAAAAAAAGCAAAAAAAUCCAGCUUGUUAUUUGCUUCUUUUUUGGUUAAAAAAAAAUAGAAGUAACAACCCAAGAGAGAAGCUGCAGAGCAAAAAUCACUACAAGGGCACUGCAUGAGCUCUGCAGGGCCCCCGUGUGUGUGUGUGUGUGUGUGUGUGUGUGUGUGUGUGUGUGUGUGUGUGUGUGUGUGUGUGUGUGUGUGUGUGUGUGUGUGUGUGUGUGUGUGUGUGUGUGUGUGUGUGUGUGUGUGUGUGUGUGUGUGUGUGUGUGUGUGUGUGUGUGUGUGUGCGCGCGCGCGCACACUUUUCAAGUUAAAAAGCACAAGUGUGAGGUAGUUCUAGUAAAUUGGUACUUAAUUGACUUGUCCGCCUGCUUUGUAUGUUAAGUUCUAAUGCACAAUAUCUAUUGAUCUUUGCUUCACGCCCCUUCAUGAGUUAUUGAUUUCUCCAUAUGACAGUAAUUUAGGUACAAAUAAGGUGCAGCUCUUUGCAGCUGAUGAUGCAGUUGCUACCAGAAUUGUAAUAGCAGUUCAAAAUGUGAAAUAUUGUCAUGUAAUACACUGCAUUAUAAUGUAUUGGCAACUCCAUUUAUUGCCUUGUAAGGGUUGUAAUAUGUUUAGCUAAUUGUGUUUACAUUAUAUGCAUCAUAUAAACAGCACAAAAAGUAAGAUUUGUGUUCGGUAAUUUAUUCUUCUUUUUUUUUUUUUCAAAAAUGCUUCUUGGCAAUAAUCUCAAAUGUUGGAUAGGCUGUUUAUUUUUUCUUUAAAAUGGUGUGACAUUUGUGGGAUGAGCAGAGCUGAGCAUGUGGACACCCAUUAAAAUGUUCUUAGAAAUAUUUUCUACUUAUUACCAGCUUAUUCUGUGACUAUAUUUUUCCUUGUUUCAGUGGCUUGUAUGAAUCCUCACUAAUGAAUAAAUAAAAAACAGUUUUCACCUAACCACAAGAUCCCUGGUGGUGUGCGGACGAACCCAUGCAGUCACAUCAGCCUGUCACAAACCGGGGCAUUGUAGGGCUUUUGGGCAACAAGCAACCCUUUGGUUGUUUGUGGCCAUCCUGCAGGAGGUCAAUGAGAAAUAAGUAAAAAUUUUCUAUACAUAAUUUAAUAUCAGUGUUUUGCUUGUAUGUUGAAGCUAUCUAUUUAUCAAUUGAUGUUUUGUUUUUGUUGGCCAACAGAGGCUAUUGUUACAAUACACACCAGUAGGGUCAUUUAUGGUAAGAAAAACAAAUCCCAUGUAGAAUCUGGAAUAUUUACAGAGAAACAGGCUUGUGCAUACUUCUUCAGAAAUUCAAAGGUAAUUUUUAACCAUUUAUUGUUCCCCAUAAUUGAAAUGUAAGCGGGCUUUACUAGUUGGAACACACUGAGAAAUGUAAAAGGAACUAUAGGUUCUCAGAAUAACAAACUACUUUCCAAUAAGAAAAUUUUAUUAUAUAAAACUGAAGUGAACCUGAGGACUGUCAUUUGUAGUCUGUUAAGUUGCUACUCUACAAAGUUAAUUGCCAACAUCUGGCCAACCUCUUCAUCCUCACCUCUUCCACAAUAGGAUGACGUCCGAUUCUUCAUCCAGCACUUGUUGCAAGACACAUGCAGUUCUUCUUCUCAUCCCACAAAUGCAUGUCCCUUAUAGAUGUCUUACAUUUUAAACUGGAAAUAAGUACGUUUUCUCAUGCAAAUGAUAUGACCAGACAUACCAAGGAAUGUCCUACUGUUUCUGCUUUGCUUAGUUGAAGUUUGGGUUACCUUAUUUUGAAAUUUCAACAUAGGCAUCCAACUAAUUACCCAAGCAGCUUUAACAAUAUAGUGAUGAUAUUUUAGAUUUUGAUACUCUCAGAACUCAGCCCCUGUACUGUCUGGUGGUUGACAUCAACUGCUACAAGCAAGUAUCACUAGGUGAGCAAUAACUUUUCUAGCAUGAAUGCCUGUUAAUAGUUAAUGCAAGUCAUGUGUAGAUAUCGGAAUCUUAGCAAAGUCUGCUGCUUGACAUUUUUGUCAUGGCUCCACGAGAUUACAAUAGAUCACUAACAUUUACUGACCUUGAGGAAAACGGAAGCUUCUCUGCACCAGCUUCACAUGGUUGAUAUCAGGAACACUUUGCUUUACAGUAGUCUUAUUCCAGUGUUUGAUAACUGCACAAUGACAGUGUGAGUGCUGGACCAUCCAGAGAUGGCCACUUUCUUUCCCCAAGACUGAUUUAUUGUGCUACAUUACAAACUGAAGGCACACAUUGUGUUGUAACUGUAUGAAGAAUGUGAAUUUAGCUCGUAUUAUUGUUCAGCAAAAACAGAUUAAACAAGAAAUGCACCUCUCAUUUCAGACUAUUUGUAUACAUACUGGUGAAAUUUGUUUUCUUGCCUUCAUUUGUGUUGGGAGGAUAAUUAUUUGCAGCUAGUCACAAGUUUGGACUCAAUGCUUUAUUUUCCUGUUGAGUUUGUGAUAAGCUUCAGUUUUUAUUUGGGAAUUAUCAAAGUAAAAUUUGAGAAAUCUCAAGUAAAGCAAGAGUAGUCAUGAAUGACUGAAGGACCUUGCUCAUGUCUCAGAAAAUUUUAAUAUCCUUUAAAAGCUUUCCUUACAUUUCACUGGAAAAAGGACAUCUGUUGUUGCUUGCUGUGAGAAAACAGUACCAAAGAUGCACCACCGUCAGGCUGAAACCACAUAACUGGAAUAAAUACCCUGGACAGGAUGUCACUAUAUUUUAAUGUCAUUUUGUCAAUUAUAUCUGCUCAUUCAUCAGCAUCCAAAACAUUCGACCUUUCAGUACCACUCAAAAUACCUCAGAAUACUUGAGUUUGUUCAGGUUAGUUUCAGUCAAAAAUGUAGGUCCUGAGUAAAGGUUGACUGGUGUUUUACAAGAGUUCUUGAAUCAGUGGUCAGCAGCUGCUCUUGUGGGGUUUGACAAUGUGAGAUGAGUUGCUUGUAUUUGUAUAGAAUUGUUUCAAACAAUAAAACUCAG